CUAUUAUGCAAAAUUUCAGGCUGUGCUUAGCUGAACUGCCAAAUCCUCGCCUAUUUAUGUCCACCCAUUUCCCUUAAUCAACCUAUUCAAUCAAUUUCCAUAACAGAAAAAGAUUUGCUUCCUGUUUUAUAAUCUAUCUUUCUGAUGAAAAAGCUUGCGUGGGCCAAUUUCAAGUCUCCCUUUUCCAGGGCAGGCGGAUCACGAGAUGAAUGUGCUCAAGGCUUAAGCAACAAGUUAAACGUGAAUGAAGAGUACAAGAAAGCUUUCAGGACAGAGUCUUACGUAGAAAUGUGGAGCAAAAUUCAGGGCCAACUGAGAAGAAAAUCCGUUGAUGGAAUUGAUAGACUCUCCUCCUCUUCAUCUCUUCCUUUCUCUGUCCAUCUCUCUGAUCAUCUCUUUGAACCAGAGAAGCAACAAACCUUAACGGAAAUGGUACAAAGCAUGAAGUUCCACCGCCUUCUGAUAGAAUAUUUUGAAGCCAGCUUGGAAGCAUGUAAUCUUUGUGAUUCGCUGCUCCGAAGCAUCCAUCAAACGCGUGCUAAUUAUCGCAGAAUUGAAAGGGUAAUCAAGUUAAGUAAAAGGGUGCACAAUUCUGCAGAUUACACAGAAAAAAUUUCUGGGGGUAUAUUUGGAGAGCUUGCUGCAUAUGCAUUGCUCAGAAAUCCUUUAUCAUUUGUUAGCCCACUACAAUUCCGCGAUGUUCAUGAUAACAACCUGGUGUUGCUCCACAGGUUGACUUCAGAUCUGAGAAAGAUUAGAAGGAAAGCAAAGUUUAAUAGAAUUUGCAAGAAGAUUGGGGGAUAUUGCCUAGUGAUUUCACAUACUGCACUUUUAAUUGCAUUGCUAGUAAUUGCACUUCAUGGGAUAGUUGUUAUUGUAGCGGCACCAGCACUUGUGGGUUGCUCAAAGUGUUUGUUCAGAAAGAAAAUCAAGUUACUUCAUGGAGGGUUCAAGACAAGUUCGCUUGAAAAACUCUGUGCACAGCUUGAUGUUGCAGCCAAAGGAACCUACAUAUUGAUCAAUGAUUUUGAUACCGUAAGUAGGUUAGUUAGGAGUUUAUGUGACGAGCUAGAACACAAGAAAGCUCUUGCUGAUAUGUGUGCUAGGAGUAAAAAUACUGAGCUGUUGAAAGAAGUUGUGAAAGAGUUUUACAUGCAUGAUUCUUACUAUCAGGAGCAGCUGGAUGAGCUUGAAGAACAUAUUUACCUCUGUUUUCAUACCAUAAACAGAUCCAGAAGGCUUGUUAUACAAGAGAUAAUGGUUGCACAACAAUAAUGCUGUUGAUAAUCAUAUAUCUUUUCUUUCAGAAAAAAACAAAUUCUUGGGAAGAUUAGACAAUAAUGGGCGUGGUAACCUUCCAGGCAGGGAAAGCUUUGCCUUGGUGGGCGGCUUAGCGCUUAGCCUGAGUGGGUUCUUACAGAAACCAACAUUGCAUUUGUACAUAAAAUAUCAGCCCUGAUUUUGGUCAAAUUUUUUAGAAUGAUAAAUUUAUUAUUUUUUAAAA